AUGCGUCCAAUCCCGCGAGCCGCCCUACGGCCAUAUGUCUGUCCGUCUUGCCGGCAUGGCGUUGGCGCUGGUCGACGACGGUUCGGUACCCAGACCAACCAAGCCCCGGACAUCUACGAUGUUGUCUGCGUCGGGGGUGGCCCGGCGGGCCUAGGGCUUUUGGCGGCGCUGCGAGCUUCUCCUAUCACCUCAAAGCUUAAAGUUGCUCUCAUCGAAAGCCAAGACCUCAACAAGGCGCGGUCCUGGAAAAUGGACUCGGCCCAGUUCUCCAACCGAGUCAGCAGCCUGACACCCUCCUCCAAGGCUUUCUUGCAGAAAAUCGGUGCUUGGGAGCACCUGGAUAUCCAGCGUGUGCAGGACUAUCAAGAGAUGCAGGUGUGGGAUGGCGAGACCGGGUCCCGAAUAUCGUUUGACUGGUCGAUGGAGACUCCCGCGUUUGAAGCUAUGCGCACUGUGGCGACGAUGACGGAAAAUUCGAACCUGGUGCGCGGCUUGCUGGGGCGAAUUACGGCAUCGGGAGAGGAAAAUCUGACCCUUUUCUCGAAUACUACUGUUGCUGGGAUUGAGAAUGGGUCGGAUUCCCCAACCAACGGACCUGACCUGUCGGCGUGGCCUGUUCUCUCCAUUAAACCAACAGGAGCUGGUGCAGAGGCACAAUCAUCGUCCCGUAUUGCAGCCAGGCUUCUAGUUGGCGCCGAUGGGAUCAACAGUCCUGUGCGCUCGUUCGCCGAUAUCACCACCCAGGGCUGGGACUAUAACCGGCACGGCAUUGUCGCUACUCUCGCCCUCGCAGACCCCGAGACUCCUCCAUUCCCCGCCAACAUGCGCACAGCUUACCAGCGCUUCCUCCCCGCCCUUGGUGGCCCAAUUGCUCUGCUCCCCCUGCCAAACAAUCACGCCACGCUCGUCUGGUCCACAACCCCCGAGCAUGCUGCAUACCUCAAGUCCCUCCCCACACCUGCCUUCCUGGCUAUGGUCAACGCUGCCUUCCGGCUGUCCGGAACUGACCUCAAGUACAUGAUGGGUAUGGCACCGCCAUCCUCAGAUCCCUCGCCCCACGAGGACGAGCUGUCCUGGCGCCUCCAGCACACCCCCUCCCUGCACACAUCCCCCCGCGUGCAAGCAGGCACAGUCGCAUCCUUCCCGCUGCGCUUCCGCCACGCAGCGCAAUACAUCUCCCCGCGGGUCGCCCUCGUUGGCGACGCAGCGCACGUGAUCCACCCGCUAGCUGGCCAGGGCUUGAACUUGGGCCUUGCGGAUGUUGCUGCGCUCUCGCAGACGAUCGAGUAUGCCGUGUCUCACGGCAUGGAUAUUGGCGAUCUCCUCACUCUUGAGCGGUACUCCUCCGAGCGGUAUUUGACCAAUGCCAAGAUUGGGGGAGCGUGCGAUCUGCUGCAUAAGAUGUAUAAUAUCCCCGGUCAUGGUCCUGUUACCUGGGCGCGCAGCUUGGGUCUGGACGUCAUUGAUAAGCUGCCGUUUGUCAAGUCAUUCUUGAUGAAGAAUGCCGAGGGCUAUUAG